AUGCCCAGCGCAGCCAACUAUCUCGGCAGCGCCGCCUACUGGACGGAGCGGGUGCGCAGUGAGGGCGAAGGCGACGAGCAGGGUUUCGACUGGCUGCUUCCUAGCGACAACACCGGCUUCAAGUCAUUCAUCUCAGACGCCGUCAAGGAUGCCGCAACACGGACAGCUGCUACUCCCCGUGUCUUGCACCUCGGGCCCGGCAGCUCGAGGUUGUCGCUUUGGAUGCACGACCUCGUAGACGAUCCUCGCCACGUGGUUCACUUCGACUUCGCAGAGUCGGCUAAGGAACUCGGCGAGCGAUGGGAGCGCGAGUGCUGGCCCGAGGCAGCCGAGCGGCGGAUGCGCUGGAUGACAGGCGAUCUCCUAGAGCUUCCCAGCGUACUGAGCAUCUCUCAGAGGCUAGAGAGCACUGAGCGAGCGGAAGGAGGCGAGGUGUCCAGUCCGAUCUUGUUCGAUGUUCUUGUCGACAAAGGCACCCUUGAUGCCAUAUCGUGCGUCGAGGCUCUGGCACCCCAGGGCGACCUCGUGGAGCGCAUCAAGACAUUUGCGCCAGAUAUGCCGGCUAAGCUCAUCAAAGAACCCAUCUACUCAAGUCUCAUGGUAGCAUUAAAUCUUGCGACUAUCAGUCGACCUGGUGCGGCUUGGGUAAUGCUCUCCUACGGCGGAACCCGUUUCGAUGCUUUCGCGGCACGUGUCAGGUCAGAAACACCGAGAAGCCUUGAAGAGUUGGCCUCAAGGUUGUGGCGGCUGGAAGUGAGGCGAGAGCUGGAAGAGGACGCCAAGGAGAUAACCGACGAGAAUGGCGUCACCUCCAAAACCAAAGCGUACCACUGGCUGUAUCUAUUACGCCGCACGGAUGUACCAUUUUGA